CAAUCGUUCUAAAAGCCAGUGUUACGUUUCAGCCAGAUCUGAUUGGAGGAAGGAGUCAUUGCGAUUGCAUAGGCAAGAUGUCGAAAGUUUUUGAUUAUGCAGAGGUGGGGAAGCACAAUACAGCAGACAGCUGCUGGGUCGUCCUCUACGGCAAAGUGUACGAUGUGACCGACUUCAUCGCCGAGCACCCCGGUGGCUCUAAAGUUAUCCUCCAGCUCGCUGGCACCGACGCAACCGAAGAGUACGAUCCAAUCCACCCGCCUGGCAUCCUCGAAGAAAGCCUCAAGCCCGAACAGCAUCUCGGAACUGUUGACCCAGAUACGCUUCCUUCCACCGAGAAGUCGCCAGCGGAGAUGGGCGCAGCAGAGGAUGAUGGACCCGUAGAUCUGGACAGCAUACUGAACAUUGAUGAGAUAGAGGAGGUGGCCACAAAGAACAUAAGCAAGAAGGCAUGGGCAUACUAUUAUUCUGCGGGUGACGACUUGACGUCGAAGAAGCUGAACAACACGGUAUACAGGCAGAUUCUGCUGAGGCCGAGGGUAUUCGUCGACUGCACCAGAUGCGACACAUCCACGAGCUUCAUCGGAAAUAAAGUGAAGCUGCCCAUUUACGUGUCUCCGGCCGCAAUGGCACGAUUGGCGCAUCCGGACGGUGAGUGGGGCAUCGCGCAGGCAUGCGAGCAGUAUGGCGCCAUGCAGGUCAUCUCGCAGAACGCCUCCAUGACCCCCGAGCAGAUCGUCGCGGAUGCGAAAGGGGGCCAAGUCUUCGGUUGGCAACUGUACGUCCAGAAUGAACGAGCAAAGAGCGAGGCCAUGCUUGCACGCAUGAAGAAGCUGCCGGCAAUAAAGUUCAUUUGCCUGACGCUCGAUGCACCGGUGCCAGGCAAGCGAGAAGAUGAUGAGAGAUCUAAGAACGUCGGUGCGAACCUUCCUGUAAGAGCAGCUGUGCAAGAAGACGCGAGCGUGAGCAAGACGAGCACCGAUGCAAAGACCCCAAGUCCACCGAAAAAUAUGGGCGUGGGACAAAGUCUGUUCUGGGGCACGGCAGCAGAUCUUACCUGGAAGACGACGUUGCCGUGGCUUGCACAGCACACUGAUCUGCCAAUCGUGUUGAAGGGUAUCCAGACCCACGAGGACGCCUAUCUUGCCAGUCUCCAUGCACCGCAGGUCAAGGCCAUCAUUCUGUCAAACCACGGCGGACGCGCACUCGAUACUGCACCACCGGCUGUACACACGCUGCUCGAGAUCCGCAAAUACUGCCCUGAAGUCUUUGACAGGAUAGAAGUGUGGGUUGAUGGUGGCAUUAAGAGAGGAACGGAUGUCGUCAAGGCACUUUGUCUCGGGGCGAAAGGGGUUGGUAUUGGUCGGGCUGCGCUGUUCGGCUUGGGCGCUGGCGGCAAAGAAGGUGUUGCCAGGGUUCUUGAAAUCCUCAAAGCUGAAACCGAGACUUGCAUGCGUUUAUUGGGUGUUGAGCGCGUAGAUCAGUUGGGGCUACACCAUAUCAAUACGCGGGCUGUUGAAAGAGACGUUUACGACGGUCCCGCUGCUCUUGAAAGACCGAGCCUAACAUCGCGGCUGAUGGCCAAGCUGUAAGCGCCGAGCCAGAUAAUGAAAGUAAGCGGUAUUUGAUGCUCUUCUGUACAACAUGACAAGACACUGUAUCUGCGAUUCGGCCAUCUUGAAACAUACUUCCACACCGAUCAUGACGUCGAACUACCAGAUCAGGCACCAAGUGUUACAGGUACACUGUAUUACUAUGUCUUCUGGUCCGGGUCUGUCCAAGGGUGCCUGAUCGUUCUCAGCCUGUAAUCGAUAUCUCAUCUAGACAGCGAAUAAGAAGUCGUGAAAGGC